AUGUCCUUGCUGUCCCAACUCGUCACUCUGUGGAUCUGCUCUGGUCCGUCGUUGUUUCUAGCGUGGCUUGUGGGCAGACAGCUGGGUCUCAGGGUGGGCAUACAGAUGGCCGAGACGCUGAACUGUUCUCGGUGGGGAAUACCCAGCAAAAAGGGUUUUUUUCAGGAAGGGGAUGUAAUCAUCGGUGGGCUCUUUAACAUUCAUUAUGUGCCUCCUACUAGGGACUAUAGAUUCACUCAGCAGCCAGACAACAAACCUUGCACAGGUUUACAAAGUCUACCGAUGCAAUACAUCUAUGCUAUGAUGUUUGCUCUGGAGGAAAUCAACAACAGCUCCACUUUGCUACCAGGUGUGAAGCUGGGCCACCAUAUUCAUGAUAGCUGUUCCCUCCCUGCCUGGGCUCUGCAGGCUGCGCUGUCAUUGGUUGGUGGACACAUGCCGAGCUGUAAUUCAGCUGCUAAAUAUGAGGAGGAAAAAGGAAUCGGAGCAAGCAAAGUACCUUUGAUCAUUGGUGGUUGCAAUUCUGUAACAGCCCAGAUAGUGUCCAGACUCCUGGUACCACUUUCUCUUCCUCUAGUGAGCUACACAGCAAGUACCCCAAGUUUAAGUGACAAGCAACAAUUUCCUAAUUUCUUCAGAACCAUGGCCAGUGAUGUAUAUCAAGCACGUGCUAUUGCUCAGCUUGCUAUAAAGUUUAAGUGGACCUGGGUUGGAGCAGUGGUGGCAAACAAUGAUUAUGGCCUCAUGGUAUUGAAGGUAUUUCAGGAGGGCAUUCAGAGGGCAGGGGUGUGUCUGGCAUUUGUGGAGACCCUCCAAAGGGAAAACAUUGUAAGUGAUGCCAGACGAGCAGCGCUUGCCAUUCAGGCUUCGACUGCAAAGGUGAUUUUGAUUGUCACCUGGUAUACAGAUGUGAUGGAACUGUUCCUGCAACUGGAGAAGUUGAAUGUGACUGAUAGACAAUUUUUGGCCAGUGAGGCGUGGAGCACCAGUAGCGACCUUCGCCAAAGUACUGUUUCACAUAAAGUGGCAAGUGGUGUUCUUGGUGUGGCCAUACGAAGCUCAACUCUGCCUGGAUUUGACACUUAUAUUCGUAAUUUAAACCCCUCGCUUCGCCCAAAUGAUCACUUCUUAAAGGAAUUUUGGGAAAAGGAGUUUGGAUGUAGUCCUGGAAUUGCGACAGCUUCUCCUUUUGCUUCUCUACCCCCCUGCAACGGCACAGAGAGCCUGUGGGCUGUGAAUAAUCUCUUCACUGACACCUCCCAGCUACGGGUGACAUACAAUGUCUAUCUUGCAGUCUAUGCUGCAGCUCACGCCCUUCACUCCCUACUCUCCUGCCCUGAUGUUAACAGCUCUCCUGGACGUAACAUCACCUGUUCAUUUACAAAUCAAAUCAAGCCCAUUGAGCUGAUGGAGCAGCUCCGUAAAGUGAACGUUACCACACCUCAGGGUGAAGCGUUUAAUUUCCAAGGCGCCGACAUCACAGUAAAGUAUGACCUCGUGAACUGGCAGAGCAGCCCUGAGGGACAAGUCCAACUUGUUUUGAUCGGCCUUGUGAAUGACUUUGAUCUUCACCUUAAUGAGUCUGCUAUUCAGUGGAGCACGGGGUCCAGUCAGGUGCCUGUUUCCAUCUGCAGUGAAGCUUGCCCUUCGGGUACACGGAUGGCCACCAGGAAAGGAGAACCCAUCUGCUGUUUUGACUGCAUCCCAUGUGCUGAUGGAGAGAUUAGCAACACAACUGGUUCCACUCAGUGUGUUCAUUGUCCAUCCGAGUUUUGGUCCAAUGCUGAGCGUACUGCCUGCAUCCCUCGCCAGCUGGACUACCUUUCUUUCAAUGAAACUUUGGGCAUCACACUAACAGCAGUUGCUGUUUCUGGUGUCACAGUGACAAUUGCUGUUUUUGUGGUGUUCCUUUACAACCGUCAGACACCAAUGGUGCGAGCCAACAACUCAGAACUCAGCUUUCUGCUGCUCCUGUCAAUAAAGCUCUGUUUUCUGUGCUCACUGGUGUUUAUCGGCCGUCCCUCAGCCUGGUCAUGCCGGUUCCAGCAGGCAGCCUUUGGGAUCAGCUUUGUCCUGUGUGUUUCCUGCCUACAAGUGAAGACAAUUGUGGUUCUGGCAGCAUUCCGCUCAGCUAGGCCCGGUGCUGAAGCUCUGAUGAGGUGGUUUGGUCCUGGACAGCAGAGAGGAAGUGUCUGCUUCUUCACAUCCAUACAGAUUAUCAUCUGUACUUUUUGGCUGUCACUUAACCCCCCGGUGCCUCAACCUGACUUGGAGAUCCCAGGUUUACAGGUUACCCUGAAGUGUGCGAUGACGUCUGUGAUUGGUUUCUCUCUGGUGCUGGGCUACAUUGGCCUCCUAGGCUGCACCAGCCUCCUUCUGGCCUUUCUUGCCAGGAAACUCCCAGACAACUUCAACGAGGCCAAGCUGAUCACCUUUAGCAUGUUGAUUUUCUGUGCUGUCUGGGUGGCUUUUGUUCCUGCUUAUGUAAGUUCACCUGGAAAAUAUGCAGUUGCUGUGGAAAUUUUCGCCAUUCUGGCCUCAAGUUAUGGUUUACUGGUCUGCAUCUUUGCUCCAAAGUGUUUCAUCAUUCUUUUGAGGCCAGAGAAAAACACUAAGAAGCAUUUGAUGGCAAGAUAGUAAUGGCGGUCAGUACAUCUAUUAUGAUUAGAUGCACAUAAGCUGUUGUUCUGUUUUACAUUUUAUUUCCCAGAUGUUAUAGAUAUCGUUUAAAUACCUGCAAGAAAUUAUUAUAAUUUAAUGUAUGCUGUUAACAUUUGUUAUUAUGAGGGAGA